UCCCAGCUCCCUCCCCCGGCCCUCCUCCAUCCCGGGGCAGUUUUAGAUCACUGACCCCUGGGCCAGGUCGGAAAGAGCCCGCGGGAUCCCGGAUUGUGUGGGGACGCUGCUGUCCCUCUCUCAGCCUCUCGCCAUGGCCAGGACGCCCUACUGCGUAGCGCUGCUUUGCUUAGCGCUGUCCCAGGCGGUAUCCUUCCUGUCACACCAACGAGCAUCACAAUUCCUCGCCAGAUACCCACGGGCAAAUGUGAUGUUUGAGGAACACAAACAAGGCUCUCUAGAGCGGGAAUGCAUUGAAGAAAUUUGCAAUCUAGAGGAAGCGAGGGAAAUAUUUGAGAACAAUCAAGAAACAGACUACUUUUACCCCAGAUAUCUUGAUUGUCUCAGCCGCUACCAGGUAGGCGUCCCAAGCCAUUACCGCAGUUCCAAAAACUUCCCUGGGGAUUUGCGGAGCUGUAUUACCGAAAUUCCAGACCAGUGCAGCCCUUCACCAUGUAACCCUGAAGGCUCAGUCCAAUGUGUGGACGAAGAGGCUGCGUUCACCUGCAUCUGUAAGGAAGGCUGGACAGGAGUUACAUGUCAGCAAGAUAUCGAUGAAUGCCAAAGUGGGGUAUUGGAUGAGAAAGCAUGCAACCAUUCCUGUCACAAUGUGCCUGGGAGUUAUCGCUGCUACUGUGAUGAAGGCUUUUAUAUUGACUCUAAUAAACGGAACUGCAUUGAUAAGAACGAGUGCUUUACGCAUCCAAACAUUUGUGGGAAGGCAGCGUGCAAUAAUCUGCCAGGUACCUUCGAGUGUAAAUGUACCACAGGAUAUGCCUUCAACUCCAUCACGAAAGACUGUCAUGAUAUCGAUGAAUGUGCAGAGAACGUGUGUACAUAUGGCUGUGUGAAUUUCCCCGGCAGCUACUCCUGCUUCUGUGACGGGAGGAAAGGAGAGAGAUUGUCUGCCAAUGGCCAGAGUUGUCAGGAAAUCCCCACAUGUGUCGCCCUUCAGACCAGCAGGAAGUCAGAUAUUCUAAACAUGGGGGAGCUGUUUGCUGGAAUUCCUGUUGUCUACCUUCGAUUCAAGAUCGCUGCCAAGAGCCGAUUUAAUGCAAAAUUUGACCUGAGGACUUAUGACUCGGAAGGUGUUAUAUUCUAUGCUGAAACAAAUGGGAACAGUGCCUGGUUUCUGUUUGCUGUUCGGGAUGGAAAGCUGGAAGUUCAGUUCAAGAAUGAGAACAUAGCCAAGGUGACAAUUAGUGCUGGACCAUUGAUCAAUGAUGGGACCUGGCACACAAUCUCUGUAGAAGAAACUCAAAAUAGUGUGUUGGUGAAGAUUGCCCAGGAGUCCGUGAUCAAAAUCAAUAGUCCUAGACGACUCUUCUCAGUGGAUAAUGAAACAACGGAGAUAAAGAUAUCUAUCGCAGGUUUACCCAGACAGGCAGAUCGUAUCCUUCCAACUAUGAACCCUCGGUUAGAUGGCUGUAUGCGGAAAUGGAGCUGGAUGAAUCAAGGAUCUGCUGGAAUUGAAGAUGUUAUUCAGAAUAUAAAAAGCAAGCAGUGCUAUCUGGAUAUUGUGAAGGGCUCCUACUUCCCUGGCAUGGGAUAUGCUAUAUUUCCAUUGAAUUACAAUAUGACAGAAGAACCUCCAGGAGGUUGGAAAAUUAAACUGUUUCUCGAAAUGCAACCAUCAAAAGAUACUGGUGUGUUAUUUGCUUUGAUCAGUGGAGAGAAUGUCCCGUUGUCACUUGCCCUAACGUAUUCCAACUCAACACCUACAGGCAAAAAGCAGGACCUCAUUCUGGCUAUAGAGAAUCGGACAGUGUGUCGAGCGGAGGGGAUUAGCCUGUGUGAUGGCGAACGUCACUCGGUCAAUCUCACUGUAACCGUUGAAGGCAUCCUGUGGACAGUGGAUGAAGUUGCUCACAGGAGCCACUUGACCAGCUCAGAACUGAGGAAGCAACUAUCUCUGUUGGAUCGAGCCAUGCAGGAAACAGUCAAUACCACACUGGGAGGCAUACCAGCUGUUCCAUUUACAUCCGCACCCAUCACAGCUUCGUUUACUGGGUGCCUCAAUAUAAAGAUUAAUGAUGAAAUUAUCGACCUGGAUGAAGCCAGUCACAGGGAUCCCAAUAUCCAGUCCCACUCCUGCCCGUCAGUGAAGAGAGAAGAUUAGAGUCUAUCAGGCACUCUGUCACUGUAGUAAAUAUUCCUGUGUUCCAACUAUUGUAUGCCACUGUGUGGAGAUUGUUAUAAAAUUCAUAGGCUGUAAACUGGACAUCAUGAAAACAUUCUGGAAUAAGUGUAGAAUUUAACAAUGUUUGCCCUGUGCUAAAAAAUAACAACUAAACCAAUUCUAAGACACUUUUUAAAAAAAGUCUUUGUCAAUAUGCGUGUUUAAUUAAACUGAAACUGUACUGAA